AUGUCCCAAAUCGUGUACCUGGACGAAGAGAAAACGCGGGGGAGGUAUACCUACCCGAAUGGGAACGUCUACAUGGGCGAGUUUAAGAAUGACAAGUUUCACGGGCAAGGUACUCUAGCUUUUAAACACAAGGGAGAGUACAAAGGAACCUGGGAAAACGGCAAACUUGUCCGGGGGCAGUACUACUACAGUGACGGAUUGGAGUAUCAGGAGAAGUGGAAAUACCUCGUGGAGUCUCCCUAUUUCUUUAAAGAAGAGAUUAAUAAGGACGAGAUUAUUUUCAAAGAAGAGAAAACGAAUGCCUUCCUGCAUGAUAUUUACGACAUAGGCGACGGGUACUGCAAAGUUAAGGAGAGUCUCGUGUACAGGUUUGCAGAUGAUAAGCCAAUCAGGCAGGUGAACGAGAGAGAGAAGAGCUGGAUAGAGAACCACUGCUCCAAGUGUUAG